UCUAACGUGCGCGCUGAGUUUACUUAUGGCGAUCUCUCUGCAUCUGCAAUUCUCUCUCAUCCCAGCGCGGCUGCCGCAGAUACGGCCUUCCUCCCUCAUCCGGUGUGGAGAAUCGGAGUUUGACGCCAAAGUUUUUCGUCACAAUUUUAUGAGAAGAAAAGACUACAACCGCACGGGGUAUGGCCAUAAGGACCAAAGUCUUAAGCGAAUGGGCGACAAGUAUGCAAGUGAUAAUUUGAUGCAGAAAUUGAAGGAGAACGGGAAAGAGUACAGGUGGGGAGAUGUGACGUUGAAGCUGGGAGAAGAUUACGGAUUCUGCUGGGGCGUUGAGCGCUCUGUCAGAAUUGCUUACGAAGCUCGACAUCAGUUUCCGGAUCGCACCAAUUGGCUCACUGAUGAAAUCAUUCACAAUCCCACUGUUAAUCAGACGCUGGGGGAGAUGGGAGUGAAGAUUAUCCCAGUGAAGGAAGGGAAGAAACAAUACGAUCUGGUAGCGAAGGGCGACGUGGUGGUGCUGUCUGCGUUCGGAGCUCCGGUGCAGGAGAUGAUGCUGCUGACUCAGAAGAAUGUGGAGAUUGUGGAUACAACUUGUCCAUGGGUUGCCAAGGUUUGGCAUAGCGUGGAAAAACACAAGAAGGCAGAAUACGCGUCGAUAAUCCACGGUAAAUAUGCGCAUGAGGAGACUAUUGCUACUGCUUCAUUUGCUGGCACCUAUUUAAUUGUCAAGAACAUCAAAGAGGCAACAUACCUUUGUGAUUACAUUUUAGGUGGUGCACUUGAUGGAUCCAGCUCCACCAAAGAAGCCUUUCUCGAGAAAUUCAAAUUUGCAGUAUCAGAGGGGUUUGAUCCAGACAAAGAUUUGGAGAGAGUUGGUAUCGCGAAUCAGACUACUAUGUUGAAGGGAGAAACAGAGGAAUUUGGAAAAUUAGUUGAGAACAGCAUGAUGCGCAGAUACGGCGUGGAAAACAUCAGCAACCACUUUAUAAGUGCCAAAACUACAUGCGACGCAGCCCAAGCGCGGCAAGAUGCAACUCUGAAACUGGUGGACGACAAGGAGGUAGAUCUGAUGCUGGUGAUUGGAGGAUGGAACUCCAGCAACACUUCAUCCCUUCAAGUGAUUGCGGAGGAGCGUGGAGUUUCUUCCUAUUGGAUUGAUUCAGAGAAGAGGAUUGGUCCUGGAAACAGAAUCACUCACAAGCUAAUGCACGGGGAGUUGGUGGAGAAGGAGGAGUGGGUGCCAAAGGGUCCGAUCACCAUUGCCAUUACUGCUGGUGCUUCAACUCCGGAUAAGGAUAUUGAAGAUAUUUUAGCCAAGGUGUUUGAGAUCAAGCGUCACCAAGAGUAGUAUGCAAUAGUCGACAUUAUGAUGCUUAUUGUAUCUAGGCUACCGACUCAGCUCAUGACGCUUCGCGUUAUGCAUGUCCAUUGAAAAAUAAAAACUGAGCUAUUGAGCUCUACCAC